GCCGUAAUCCUCUUUUAAAAGUAAUAAAAAUACUGUGAAUCCUGACGUACCACGCGCCACCAUCGCGUUCCGUAGAUCCUCCGUACUGGGCUACUGUUGUGGCUGCUGUGGGCUGUUGGAUCUGUUCCAUCGAUCAUCGGCACUCAAUCCCUCUGUCCUUUUAUCACCCCUGCAUGCUGAAUAGCUCGCUAGCUAGCUACAGCAGUGCAAACAUAGUAUCAAGAUGAUGUUUUCCGGAGGACGUAGCAAACUGCUCUCCACAGCAAGUCGUCGUGGCUUGGCGACUCUGAAGAAGCUGCCGGCGGUGUCUCCUGUCAGUCAGAGUAUUUUGCCCAAUUUGCCGUAUGUGGGUGGUGUAGAGACAGAGGACGAAGGUCCCAUUGCUUACAACUCAGAAAAGUGGAAUCAAUUCCAGAACAGUCGUCAACCGGUCUCGUCUGCCCAUGCCAUUGAUACGGUCGCACAAACCUUGUCGACACAAGACUCUGUAGCGAUCAAUGCGUCCGGCAGUGUGGUGCACGGCACGUACGGGGAUUUGGGUGCUGUGGCGGAUGCGAUUCCCUUGGAGUACUUGGCGUUGCUACGAUUUGCCGCACAAGGAGCCGCUGGCGUUCGAGCUCUUAGUAGUAGUGCUAGUAGUAAUGGCACCGUGUUGGUGUACGGUGCCAGUCAAGCAUCGGGCAUGGCCGCUGCUCAAUUGGCAUCGGCCCAAGGCCAUGCCGUAGUAGGAGUUGUCAGUGGCGAUCAUGCGGGCAACACGCUCCUCAUGGAAUCCAUCAAGGGAUUCAUUGACGCACCUGGAACGGCUGUACCUGAAGUCUAUGCCCUGUCCAAAAAGAAUUUUGCCGAUUUGGUACAGGCCAUUGCCACGGGAAUCGAGGAGUCCUCUACAGCUAGUGACGUGGAAAUGCUCGAAGAAUUCAAGGCCAACUUGAUGGACUACUGUCAAACCUUUCCUGAAAAUUUACCCGCCGCCGUUGGUGCCGAAAAACUCAAAUUCAACGGCAUGGACAAGGAUCGAGAAUUCUUUCAAGAAAAUAUGGAAGCCUAUUUAUCCCAAUUCCAACCGGGAGCACCACCCAUUGACAAGGCGGCACUCGAUGCCCUCUUUACGCCCGAACAAUAUCAAGCCUUUCGAAACAAAUUCUGGGAUCAAACAUCCCGGGUCAUUUCUGGAGACGAAUCCCAUUUCUUUUCCCCACCUCAUAUUGUCAAGUCCAUGAUUGACAUGCCCGAUAAAACCACGACCCCAUCGUCGAAGGGCGCAUUUCCCUACAGUUUUGGGGGAGGAUCGUCGUACGGCAUCGCCCCAGUUGCCGGAGGAGCCGUCGCCGGAGCCAUACUGGUCGUGACACCCGUCUUGGAGGCCGCCGCCAAGGCUGUCGAUGCCGCCACGACACUGCGUCAAAAGGGUGAAGCACUCUCCUUUUUGACCGAUGCCGAACGAACUGCCUUUGGAGCUGCAUGUUCUGUGGCGGCCGUGGCUCAAAAACAGGGUGCUCCCGUCGUCACCAUUGGAGGUUCGUUACCGGGUCUGACGUCGGUAGAACCCUCCAAGGAAGAUGUCGAUCAAGCGUUGGCUGCCAUGGAUAUUCAAGAGGAUGGAUCCACAAAGCUCAAUUAUUUUGUGCAGACCUAUCGGGCAUGUGAUUUCCCGUUUUAUGGAGAUUAUGCCGUCCACAGAGCCAAUGAACCAAUGGCGGGACCACGACAAAUUAUCGUCACCAAGUAAAGCACAAACAACAGGAACUAACUUUAGGUGGACGAAGACGAUCGAUCAAGAGCGUGGUAAUGAUGCACAUCAUUUUAGUAUAGAUGUGAGUAGUGGAUUUAAAAAAUUAACUGUUAGUUUUAUUUUAUC